CACUGUGUUCCCAGGCAUUCUUCCUUCACUCUGCUCUCCUAGCCUUUACACUGGGAAGGAGUACCUAGAAAGGAUACUGGAUUAUACACCACUUGAUACACAUACACAUUCACUCCGAGAGUGUGCCUAAUCCUUGGAACUGGAUUUAUAAACAGUCUGAUAUAUAAUACUUUUGGAACACUUAAUCAUCACAAGGAUUGUUUUUGAUCUGUCCCUGUCCGGCUAAGUACAGUUUAUGUUGAGCCGAGGUCAAAUGUGCAAAGAGCAGCAUCUCGUCGCCAGCAUGUUAUUGACAUCUGCCACAUCGCCACCCACAUGAGCUGUUUUGAGGAGAAUGAAGGCGCGUGCCCCACCUCCGCCGCUGGCUCCCCAACCUGCCCCACGCCACAUCUUCAGAAACACUGUACCUGAUGGAGGAGGGACAUCAGGCAUGGACGCCAAGGAGAACAUGCUGAGGCCCACUGUGGAUUUACAGCUAACCCUACCACAGGGAUAUCAGACCUCUGUAACUGAGGAUGGCAGUAAGGCGCUGAUGGACCUGCUGGUCGAGCUGUGUAGCCGCUACCACCUGAAUCCUGCACUGCACACCCUGGAUCUGCUGUCACCCGAGGGCCACAGUUUGGGGUUCAAGCCCAACGCGCUGCUGGGCUCCCUCAACGUGGCCUGUGUCCUCAUCAAGGAGAAAGUUUGGGAGGAGAAAGUGGUGCGCAGACCGGCGCCCAAAGUGCCAGAGGAGGCAAGGCCAGUGAAACCUGUAAGGGCCCAUGCUAAGAAAACAGUACGUUUGAUGGUGAACUACCACGGCAGCCAGAAGGCAGUGGUACGCGUCAACCCCUUGGUACCACUCCAGACUCUGAUACCUGUCAUCUGUGACAAGUGUGAAUUUGAGCCUGCACAUGUCCUGCUCCUGAAGGACAGCGUCAGCCGCCACGAAUUAUCACUGGACAAAUCUCUGACAGAGCUGGGGAUCAAGGAGCUCUAUGUACACAAUCAGAGUCUAGUUCUCCAGCCUAAAAUGGCUUCUGCCCCAGCUCUUACCUACUCAGACUCCAUUUGCUCCAGCACUGCCAGUUUGGGCAGGGCAGAGAAGAAAGGCCUGCUGGGUAUCUUCCAGUUCAGCAGGAGGAAAGUCAAGACAGAGACAACAUCUAUGGACAUGGAUGACUGUGAUGAUAAAGUCAUCCUAAAUACAAACACAGAAUCCAAUGGUCUGUCCACAGGUGUCUCCAGCAUAGAAGAUCGGCCCAGCACCUUGGGCCAGUCUCAGUCCGUCAUGAACUUACCCAGGAUGUCUCCCAAGGCUGAGGCCAAGAAGAGGAGAGCCCCAGCACUUCCCGGGGCUCCAACACCCACCAUGGGAAACACUAGCAUUGAGGGCUAUCAGAUGGGCCUUGGCUCAGAAAGCCAGCAGAGGAAAAGAAAGGCUCCAGCCCCUCCUCCCAAUACCCCAGGGCCAGACGACAUGUCAACCUCUGGCGCUCCCACCCCGGAUAGCCACGCAACCGAAAUACCUACCCCAGCCUUCCGCACCAAGGUGGCACAGUCAACCACUGCCUCUGCUUCCACUGUGGUAACUCACACAACUAAACCAGUCCCCUUGAAAACAGCAGUACAACCGCCAUCUGUGUGCGCUGCCACAGCAACCUCCAGCUCCCCGACCCGAAGCAGCAGCACUGCCGACAGCCUCGCGGUCCAGGAUUCCAGCUCUGAACUCAGCCACAGCCUCGAUGACUCAGACGCUGACCUAGACCAAACUGAUUCCCACUGCAGCAGCCUCACCAGCAGCACAGUGAGCGGGUCUGUGCGGGUCCAGCCCGCUACUAAAAGCUCCAGAAUCAGGGUGAAAGAAUCAGAAGAUGCCAGCAGCAUGCCUGCCAAAUUAGAUCAAGAGGCGACAUCAGCUAGCAGCUCCAGGUCGGAGACUGAGUCGGCCCUAAACCUGAAACUGGAUGAAGUUGAGAACAACAGACACAGCGCAAUGGGAGCCAGUGAUCGACCAGCGCCACCCAAACCUCGUCGUUCCCCGGCCCGGGAGCCACCACAGCUUGUCCUAUCCCUUACCCCGUUCUCCCCUCCCCUUGAGCCCACAGAAAGCAACUCCCCACAGAGCCCCACGGAGGCGGAGGAAGCAGCUCCCCAGUCUUGGCUUCACUCCAUGCGGUGCUCCACAGCCAGUGGCCAGAAACCAGAAACUGGAACACCCGAGGAGGAGACCAUGUCCUUGGGCAGCAGCAGUGGUGGCAGCAGCCUGCCCGACCAGGGUUACGCCGCCUCUGAGGGUAUGGCAGAGGGCGAGGACUCAGGCAUGGUUAGCUCUCCAUCGGACGCCCAUCCCACAUCCCCAGAUGGGAGUUUGUCCCUAGAUGGAAUUAGAGGAGGCGGAGGAGAGAGACUGCUGCGACCAGUGCGGGACAAUUCCAGUGACAGCGAUGAGGGAUGUGCUACCUGGGGAUCAAGACACAGACAUGAUGACAUCAACCCACAGGCAAAGUUAGGCAGGUUAAAAGGCUAUGCAGAUGACCCGGAGCUCACAGCUCAGCUCCAUCAGACGUUGGCAGAUUUUGAAGCAAACCUUGAAGACCACAUAGAUAUGGUCUCAGCAAAGGAGACUCCCUAUACCAUGUCCACAGACAGUAACGAGGUGCCGGUGUCUGUAGUAGACAUGGAUGUGCCAGUCACAGCCAUAGAUGAAGUACUGGAGGACUAUGAACGUAACAUUGUAGAAAAAGAGGCAAAGUCACUAACCAGGACUGAGUCCACUGGCAGCAAAGGUCCUGUCUUUUGUCACCAGUCCAAUGUGGAGCCACAGAACAAAAACAACAAUGCUUGUACAGCAGCUGAAAGUAAGAAAAAGAGCAGUGCAAAUAAUAAGCAGCCCUCUCAACCUGAGCAGCAUCUGGAGAAAAGGUCUAUCGGUGAUAAAAAGACAGAAAAAAUACUAGAGACAAAGAUUAAAGAAAUAAGUAUCACUGAUACCAACAGUGCGAAAGAGGAUACACAAAGAACACCAGCAGUGAAACCUUACAGUGACAUGCAGAAACACAGAAAGAGCACUGACAUCAAACCUGAUCAUGUGAAAAGUAACGCUCAAUCUUUUCAAGAGAAGAAACCUGUUCUUCCAUCAACCAGUCAUAGAUCAGUAUCUACAGAAGGAGAUGAAGAGAUGCACAGUGUUUACCAAAAUAGUUCCAGCUCGAAGACUUCACAAGGUAAAAUCACUCGCAAUGUCACAUCACGCUUCGGAAUGAAAACUUUCACCGUGGUCCCUCCCAAACCCGCCAUCAUGCAUGCUGCUACGGGAGAGCCAACUUCCAAAACUGUUGGUGCCAUUAAGAUUGACGAUCAAGGAAAUAUGGUAAAAGUGGGGAUGUCCCGGAACAAAGCUGAUAGUUCAUCAGAGUCAGGAAUUAAUUAUAGCGAGGGGACUCCUCUUCUUGGAAAAGCCAAAGCUUUUUGGAGCUCAAAUGAAAGACAAGAAAGUGCUGUGCCCCACGGCAAAGAUCUCAUUGAUAAGGCAAGCACAGAUGCCCUGAAAAGUACUACCACUGCAGUCGCAGAAACUACAUUGAAGGCCAGUAAUACUGAGGACCUGAAAAUGAAGCAAACUUCACUUAAUAAACCUGCAGAGAGAUCCCUGCCUGAAAAGAUGCUUAAAGAAAAAGCUAAAGAACUAGUAAAAGAUAUCAAAGUUGCAAAAGAGGAGCUGGUAGAGGUAGAGAGCAAGAUUUCAGUGUCCCACAAUGUUAAGGAGCCAAGUAAUAAACCUACCCUUCCCCCUCCUAUCCUGCCAGACUUGAAGAGAGACCUGUCCUUCCUCAAAACAUCCAGGCGAACCUCAAGCCAAUACGUGGCUUCUGCCAUCACUAAAUACACCCCAAAGACCUCAGCUAAGACCAGCUCCAUCCCUAACGUUCCUGACUCUGCUUCGUUAAAAGCCAUCGGUUUCCAAAGAUCAGGUCGGUCCAUACAAGUGAAUCCACACCAAUCUUCCCAGUCAUCUUUUUCAGAUAAUAAGGAGAAUGAAUCUAGUUCUAAAUCCAACCUUCCUGGUCCUAAGAGGUCGAUGAGCUACCCAGAGUAUGUGUCAGAUAGCCCGAGAGAUUAUGUAGAAGUGAGACCGGACAGAGGAGGAUUUAGAAGUUGUGUUGGAUCCACCAAUGGAAGCUCUAAUAUGCUGGAAACAGAAACAGCCAAGAAUAAGCACAUGCACUCUAGUGGCCCCACCCAAAUAAAUAUGACCGCCAAUCAUGACGGAGAUAAUAUUAAACAUAUUCGGCCUAGAAGCCCCAGCCCUGUACAAAGCCAUCCUCUACACUCAUCUGCCAAACCAACCACAGCUCCCAAGACUGUAUCUCAAGGUCAGACAAGUAACACGAGAGACAUGAUGAAGGCUGCCACCCAUCUAACACCUGAUGCAAAACCACAACCUUCUAUCACAGUGUCAGACAGUGGUGUGGCCCCUGGGCCUCCAUCAGUGACACUGUUUGGGCCAGUUAAAAAGUUCAGACCAGUGAUCUGUAAAUCUGUUGACAAAGAGACGUCUCUACACAGUAGCCUGAUGGAGGCAAUCCAGACAGGCGGAGGCAGGGACGGGCUCAGGAAGAUAACCACUACUGGUCCCAGCAGCAUGAAGAAAGCAUCUUAUGUUGAGGAGGAGAAUGAGAGGUCUGCUCUUCUGGCUGCCAUUAGAGCUCAGAGCAACUCCGGAAGGCUGAGGACGACCAAAUCUGAGGCUGCUGAUGAGCUUGAGAAGUUCAGGAAGGCGGCUUCUGAGGAGGAGAGAAGUGCAGGCCCUCCCUCCUCACCCUCUCCCCGCUCUUUGAGUUGCACCCCUAUCUUUACCCCACCACCACCGCCACCAGCACCUAUGAUUGUACCUCCACCUACUCCUCCUGUCUUGCCCCAGGGCAAGUCUAACACUGUGGCACAUCCAAGUGCUAAAGCUGCCAUGAACCCUGCCUUGGCCCGGGAGGCUAUGCUGGAGGCCAUUCGCUCUGGAUCUGCUGCUGAGAGGCUAAAAAAGGUCACUGUGCCCACAAAGACAGUCCAAGUGAAUGGCAGGCUGGGAACAAUCCACAACACCUCCCCCAGCAAUAAGAUGGGAAGCUCACAUCACCGCAACAAGGAAUAAUUUAUCUUUUUUUGUUGUUGUUGCCAUUGUGCUUUCACAACAGACAUUUGGAAAACUGUAUUUAGUCACAUUUUGAGGGAAUGUUAUUUGAAAGUUUUGCCUAACUUAUACGUGACGCAAAUUACGAAGAAUGAAAUAAGAAUAAAGAAUGGUUUCUACAUGCUAUCUAGAUUACAUUAUUCACCUUGAUAGGGUGUCACAGCUCGGACUUCCAGUCUGGGACCUUAUGCUUAAACUAAUGCACUAAUGCUUAAAGAAUUGCGUAUUAAAGGGAAUCACUGAAACAUUUCAAGGGGGAAUGUUGCUCUCGUAGUAGCCAAACACCAGUAACAUCUGACUGAUAAAGGUGUCAGAAGUGAAAGGUUUGCUGUUAAUUCAACUCAUAAUAUCAAAUCUCCCAGCUGGCUUCUUCUAACAAUACUUGCUGGAAAAAAUGUCCAUCUUUAUAACAUAUCACUGUUCCUAAACAUAUCUUGCCAUCUGUACUUGAAUUCAGUAGUUUUAACUGGAACAUUGUACAAAAUGUGUGCCAAUGAAAGCAAAUGUAAAUGGUUUAUGCUACUUUCAGAUCUUUUUUUGUGUUGUUGUUCUUGUUCCUAUCCCUUUUUACCACAGUUAAGUUAUGGUUGCCUUAUACUGUUGCUCAGUCAGUAUUUAUGUAUAUGAUGUUUGAUGUAAAAAGUCUAUGUGGGGUGCAUUAAGUUGGAUCUGAUGAUGUUUCCACAUUUGGACUAAUUAAUAUUUGUUUAAAAUUAUAACUGAGAACUUAAGUACACUUAUGAAAACAAUGGACAGAUCCAUUGACAUUGUUUGAUUUUUUGUGUCUAUUAUUUUAUCCAGAUCUGGUCCAUAAUGCCAACUUUUGCAAUUCUUGGCCCUGAGGAGGAGUAAGAUGGUGGAGACUAGUGCCUGUUAGCUCAGUGUGCUCCUGUUUUAGUUGACCUUCAUUUGUGCUGCUGUUUAAAACCUAAAGACAUUGUCACACAUGGUCAAUGUCCUGCACUGGACACUUGUAGUGCCUUUGAUGUUGGAUAUAUUAUAGAAAUUAAGAUGAACCUUUCCUUUCCUUGACAUUUCAACAUUUUUGAAGCAAUGUUAUUGAAGUAUAUAAAUGGUGGAUGUCACCAUGAGCAAAGAGAUUAUUUUAUUAAUCAGCAAGUCACUCCCAGUAUGAAGUAUGUAAUACAAAUCACCAACUGUAGGAAAGCGGUAGUUUAUGUUAAGGCCACUGAUAACCAUGUGGAGUAAUUAUGGUUGAUAGAGUGGAGCAAUGCCAUUAGAUGGCAUAGUUAUGGAUAAAGUAGGAUGUCAAUGCUGAAUCAUAUUUAGAAUGAAAACUCUAGCGCAUCCAUAUUUGGGUGUAAAUGCUUGCUGCUGUGGGUUGUGAGAUAAAUCUGAGUAAAGGGAGUUGAAUUUCUAGUUUUAGAUUUAUUUUAAUUUAUGCUCAGUUUCAACACUAAAAAAUAUUUGAAAAUGUUUAAUCCUGAGAGUUAAAACUGUUUGGUUCUUUUUAUUUUCUCUAACUAGAAGGGAUUGUUUCAUUUCUGCUAGAUGGUUUCAUCUUCUCACAAUAUCCUGCAGCACAUUGUAGUGUUGUAUAAGAUCAUCAGCUUGAAAGAUUUGAUUUAUAUCUUUGAUUGAGAGCUAUUUCACUGAUAGUGUGAAAUUUCUAUAAGCUUUUGCUAUUAAGUUUUAAGUGCACAUUGUUUUUUGAGAAGGUUACUUUUGUCAAAUUUUUGAUUCAAUAAAUCAUUUUGUAAUCAAGUGAAAACUGA